CACAAGAGCACGUUUUAUAAGGAUUAUGAUCCGGGCAGCAGCAUGUCUCUCGACCAUCUCACGUCUACCGGCAAGACUGCGAAGCCCGGUAAAUAUGAGGAUACAGGACACAGAAAGUCCUCCGCCGCCCCUCCGGCCGGACUCUUCUUCUCGCCCACUGCCCAACAAGGACAACGGCAUAGCAGUUUUGCCAUGGACGGAAAUCGCGAAUCAACAUAUCUGCCUGCAGGAUACUAUGCGUCUCCUACAAGCGAGAUUGCUGGUGGCAGGAACAGUACCGUGAUCGGAGGAUCGUUGGCGCCUUACGCCCGUAAUAGUGUUAUUUCGCCUUCGCCGCCUGGGUCGCCGAACUUGCCUAAUUCGAGAUCGACUUCGAACUUCUACGGAGGUGGAGUCUACUCGUCGAGAGAUGGAAUCAGGAAUAGUUCGAGAGAAGGAUUGAAAGCGCCGCCCAGUAGAGAUGGCCACGCACCCUCCCGACACAGCAAUCUCUAUCCUCAACCUAGCAGCUCAAGUCUAGCCGUUGGAGACAGCACAAGCGAUCUACCCGGACAACGAGCUCCCAGUCAAAUUCUGGACGAAAUGUUCGAUAAUCAUGGAAAUGGCCCCAGGGAGAGAUUUUGAUGCGUCGAAUAGCUCUUCUGGCGCCCCGAGCAUAUACGAAUGAAUCCCAGGCGGUGCCAAAUUAUGCUUGCAUGAUGGUCAGGACACAUUAUGAAGGGUUUGUUUUGCGUUCAACAGGAGCAUUAAUGGAGUUGAGCGAUUAAUGAUUACUUUUGUGUAAGUCUGGCGGGUAUGCAUGCAUGCGCAAAAAACAAAAUUCUUUAUCGUUUGAGAGGAGAGGAAUGAAUGCGAAAGCAGAGAGAACUCGACAGUUGAGGCAUGCAUAGUAUUGUUGUUACUUUUCAGCCUUCUGGUCUCAUGAGAGCUUGAGAUGGAAGGAUGGAUGGACAAAUAUCAAUUUUCGAUUAU